AUGAAUGUUGAAGAAACAGAUCAAUUGAAUGAGGCCAUCCAACUGUUUUGGUCAUUCAAAUUACAAGAGUGUGAAAAGAUACUUUUAAAGUACAAUGACAGAUUGCCACUGUUUGCAUUGUUGUAUGCAGAUAUUUCCUUUAUCAAAUGUGGUCUGACCGAGACCAAGGAGGACUCGGACGAGGCCUCAAAGCGUAUAGGCAACGCCAAGAAGCUGGCACGUGAACAACAACUUUCACAAAAGCCACUCUAUAUCAAGCAGGAGAAGGAUGAGAAGAAGAAUGGCAGUGGCUCAAAUGGUGCCACCGCCGACUCACAGGUCACCAAGGCACAGUACCUGAUCGCCAAACUGGUGUACGCCGAGUCAUUGGUCAUGAAGGGCAUCCUGGAGUUCAAGGCACAGAACAAUAUCAAAGCAGGUCUAUCAUUCAGAAAGUCAUGGAAGCAGUUCUCACAGGCAUUCGAGGUCGUCCAGGCACUCCCAUCCACCUUCCCCGCCUACCAACACAUUGCCAGCGCCUCAUACUAUGGUGUGGGUAUAUUCCACUUCCUCGUCUCUGCCGUGCCGCCCCAAUACGUAUGGUUGGUCGAAGGUAUCGGCUUCAAAGCCAACCGUAUGGAAGGUGUCAAAGAGAUAAAGAUAGCAGCGGAUAUCACAUAUGGUAUUAGAUCUAUAAUGGCCAAGUGUUGUUACGCAUUGUUAUAUUGUUUCUUCUUUGAGGACUUUGAGACACCAAAGGCAACGAUCGAUGAACUCUUGGAGAGAUACCCGGAUGGCGCAAUGAUCAACUAUAUGUCUGGUGCGAUCCAGAGAAAGAAGGGCAACACUGCACAAUCAUCAAUAUAUUACAACAAUGCACUCAAGAACUCAACAGAGCUUAAGCAGCUGCAGCUGUUCAUAGAGUCGGAGCUGGGCUACAACGAAUUCCUCAAUCUCAACUGGGCUGCUGCCGAGCAGCAUCUAUCACUCUUCCUCCAGGGCACGACAAGCAAGGGCUUCAAGGCAUUCAUUGCCUAUCAACUGGCAUGCUGCUACGAGAUGCAGGACAACCGCGACAAGGCCAUGGAGACAAUGCGAACAAUCGACUCAUGUGUGCGCAAAGGAUACGACUUUGAUGAGUUCUCCCAACGCAAAGCGCUGCGAUACAUCAAGAACAAGCAACUGAAUGCAUUUGAACGAGAGUACCUCAAGGCAGCGCUGCUCAACGAAGCACAUCUCUUUGAAGAGAGCAACCAAGUACUACAGGCAGCCAUUACCCUGCCUGGUCUGACGUCAGAGGAGAUCUCCGUUGCAGAGUACAUGUUUGGAUUUAACGAUCAACAAUUGGGCAAGUCGGAAGAAGCAAAGAAGCAUUAUAUGGCAUCACUAUCGCGAGAGAAACAGUUAUCUUACGAUCACUUUAUCAUACCUUAUGCAAGCGUUGGCUUGGCGGAGCUGAUGUUGGCAGAGGAGAAAAAGACUGAAUGCAGAGCAUACAUCAAGAAAGCAAAGAGUUACACAUCGAACGCUUACGACUUCCCAUCAAUGCUGGACUGGCGAGCGCGUAAGUGCUUGCAAGCACUUGGUGAGUUCUAG